CGGGUGUCGCUCCCGCCCCGCUUCCUCCGCCGUCUUCUCUGUGGCACUCGGGUGGGGCCCGGGAGCGGCGAGUGACAGCGACGGCGGGCGGCGGGCGCAGGACGGGGAGCAGCCAUGUCGGACAGCGGGGCGAGCCGCCUGCGGAGGCAGCUGGAGUCGGGGGGCUUCGAGGCGCGGCUGUACGUGAAGCAGCUGUCGCAGCAGUCGGACGGCGACCGCGACCUGCAGGAGCACCGGCAGCGCGUGCAGGCGCUGGCGGAGGAGACGGCGCAGAACCUGAAGCGCAAUGUCUACCAGAACUACCGGCAGUUUAUCGAGACGGCGCGCGAGAUCUCAUACCUGGAGAGCGAGAUGUACCAGCUGAGCCACCUGCUGACGGAGCAGAAGAGCAGCCUGGAGAGCAUCCCGCUGGCCCUGCUGCCCGCCGCCGCCGCGGGCGCCUCCGCGGCUGAGGACCCGGCGGGCGCGGGGCCCCGGGAGCGCGGGGCGGCCCAGGCAGGCUUCCUGCCCGGCUCGGCGGGCGGUCCCCGCGACGGCCCCGGCGCGGGCGAGGAGGGCAAGCAACGCACGCUCACCACGCUGCUGGAGAAGGUCGAGGGCUGCAGGGACCUGCUGGAGACGCCGGGCCAGUACCUGGUGUACAACGGGGACCUGGUGGAGUACGAGGCGGACCACAUGGCCCAGCUGCAGCGCGUGCACGGCUUCCUCAUGAACGACUGUCUGCUGGUGGCCACCUGGCUGCCGCAGCGGCGGGGCAUGUACCGCUACAACGCGCUCUACCCGCUGGACCGCCUGGCGGUGGUCAACGUCAAGGACAACCCGCCCAUGAAGGACAUGUUCAAGCUGCUCAUGUUCCCCGAGAGCCGCAUCUUUCAGGCGGAAAAUGCCAAGAUUAAACGCGAGUGGCUGGAAGUGCUGGAGGAAACCAAGAGGGCGCUCAGCGACAAGAGGAGGAGGGAGCAGGAGGAGGCCGCGGCCCCCCGCGUGCCGCCACCGGUCCCUUCCAAGAGCGGCAACCCGUUUGAGGACGAGGAUGAUGAAGAACUGGUCCCCCCCGAGGUAGAGGAGGAAAAGGUAGACCUCUCCAUGGAGUGGAUCCAGGAGUUGCCUGAAGACCUAGAUGUCUGUAUUGCGCAGAGGGACUUUGAGGGCGCCGUGGACUUGCUGGACAAAUUGAAUCACUACCUGGAAGAUAAGCCCAGCCCACCUCCUGUGAAAGAGCUGAGGGCCAAAGUGGACGAAAGAGUGCGACAGCUCACCGACGUGCUGGUGUUUGAGCUCUCCCCGGAUCGCUCUCUGAGAGGCGGCCCAAAGGCGACUCGCAGGGCAGUGUCGCAGCUGAUCCGGCUGGGCCAGUGCACGAAGGCCUGUGAGCUGUUUCUGAGGAACAGGGCAGCAGCCGUGCACACUGCCAUCCGCCAGCUUCGGAUCGAGGGCGCCACUCUGCUCUACAUCCACAAGCUCUGCCACGUCUUCUUUACCAGCCUGCUGGAGACGGCAAGGGAAUUUGAGACAGACUUUGCAGGCACGGACAGCGGAUGCUACUCUGCGUUCGUGGUCUGGGCAAGGUCUGCGAUGGGCAUGUUUGUGGAUGCCUUCAGCAAGCAAGUUUUCGACAGCAAGGAGAGCCUGUCCACUGCGGCCGAGUGUGUGAAGGUGGCCAAGGAGCACUGCCAGCAGCUGGGAGAGAUUGGACUGGAUCUCACCUUCAUCAUCCAUGCCCUGCUGGUGAAGGACAUCCAGGGGGCCUUACACAGUUACAAGGAGAUUAUCAUUGAAGCCACCAAGCACCGAAACUCAGAGGAGAUGUGGCGGCGGAUGAACCUGAUGACCCCUGAGGCCCUGGGAAAGCUCAAAGAGGAGAUGAGAAGUUGUGGGGUCAGUAACUUCGAGCAGUACACGGGAGAUGACUGCUGGGUGAACUUGAGCUACACGGUGGUGGCUUUCACCAAGCAGACCAUGGGCUUCCUGGAGGAGGCGUUGAAACUGUACUUUCCGGAGCUACACAUGGUGCUCCUGGAGAGUCUGGUGGAAGUCAUCCUGGUCGCCGUGCAGCACGUGGACUAUAGCCUGCGGUGCGAGCAGGACCCAGAGAAGAAGGCCUUCAUCAGGCAGAAUGCAUCCUUCCUUUAUGAAACUGUCCUCCCAGUGGUGGAGAGGAGGUUUGAGGAAGGUGUGGGGAAGCCUGCCAAGCAGCUGCAGGACCUGCGGAAUGCAUCCAGACUCCUGCGGGUGAAUCCCGAGAGCACCACUUCUGUGGUCUGAGUCCCUGGUCUGGGGUGUGCGUGCGUGCGUGUGUGUGUGUGUGUCUGUGUGUGCACAGACUACAGUGCACUAUCUGUAUUUAUAUGACACUUGUAUGCACAUUCCUCAGAGUCAAAACAGCGUACAGAGUACCCUCGUAGAAACACAGUCAAAGGAGAAAAGAAAAUGUGUUAAGUGCCCCCAUACUGGAAUUAUUAGAGCAUAAGCCACACUUUCAUACUAACUCCUUAAGGAAUGCAUGGUCACACCAUGGGAUUUCAGAUUACCCUCUGACUUGAAACACAUUUCUCACUGUAGGACAUCCAGGAGCAAUGCACUCUGUGCCACCUAGAAAAAUAUGUAAACCCCAGCAAAAUUGUAGCUUCUUAAUGGUCAGUGCUAUGUAAUGCAUUGGCUUUAUGUAUUCCUUAAACUAAUCCGUUUGGAGAGAAGACAGGGGUUGGGAAAACUGGUUUGGGAUAGAUUUGAAUAAGUGGGCACCAGAUUCUCCAGUGUUCAAGGUAUAUGGAAGUCUUCAUAAAACAAUUCCGCAGACAUCCAAAAGGUAGUAUGUUCCAUGGCUAAUUAGCAUCAUAGUAUUUCGCUUGGGUGCAUCUUUCCAGGAAUCACAAGGACUAUGGUGAAUUUUUAAUAUAUUCCAGACCAAUGAAUUUGCUGUUGCAGUGCCUUUGCCAUGUUCAGGAAGGGAAAGUCAUGGGGAAAGGCCCACCCCAAGGAGCCUGGCCGUGGGUGAGUGGCCGCAGGCUGCUGUAGGCCCCAGCCUGGUUUAGGAGCCACUGAGAUUUAAGGCGAAUGCAGAGCUCCUUUUUUGAAUAUUUACUGGUAGUUCUGGGUCUGUGUAGAUGAGGAGUUAGAAAAGUAAUGCAAACUCACUGUUAAAGAAUGCCUGCUUUGAGCAGAGAUUUGUUUGUUUUCUUGAGAUAGGUUUCAGCCCAGGCUGGUGUCAUGGGCUGGUUUUGUACCCAAGGAAGACCCUGAAUUUUUAAAUCUUAACUCCACUUCCCAAGGGCUGGGGUUACAGGUGUAUGCCACCAUGCCCAGUUUAUGCCAUGUUGGGAAACCCAGGGCUUAGUGCAUACUAGGCAAGCACUCUACCCGCUGACCACAUCCUCUGCCCUGAUGGGUGUCCUUUUUUUUUUUUUUUUUUUUUUGGUAACAGUGGAUAAUUGAGGAGAGAUGGAUAUGCCUCAAACACGGGGAAGGGACCUUUUGUGACCCCUCCAAUGCUGUGUUGCACUUUAAAACACAAGAGCCAGGAAUGCUGAUGCUUUUUGUCGCUGCACUGGAAGCAAGAGGCAGGUGUAUUCAAGGCCAGCCGGGUCAACAAGGUGAACUCCAGGACAGGCAGGGCUCUGUAGAAAGACCCUGCCUCAAAAGCAACAAAAAACAACUUUUAGGAGAAUUGCAGGUUAUUUCAGAUUGUUCAGUAAAGGAAAGUGUAGGCGGGUGGGAGCUAUGGCUUGUAGAAUGCUCUGCUCUGUGCUGAUAUCUUAAUGUUCCUCUAGUGGAAAGUGUUUUCCAAGACCUGCUUACCCACUAGCUUCCACCUGUGGCUUGUGGCCAUGAUGCUGUUUUUAUACCACUGCUUCUAAGGGUUAUUUCUCUUCUGAAUACAAAAGGUAGUGUUAAGACAUAAAAUUGUGUAAAACCUUAAAUGGUGGGACUGGAGAGAUGGCUCAGAGGUUAAGAGCACUGGCAUUUCUUUUCUUUUUUUUUUUUUUUUUUUUUUUUUUUUUUUUUUUUUUUGAUUUUUCGAGACAGGGUUUCUCCGUAGAUUUUUGGUUUCUGUCCUGGAACUAGCUCUUGUAGACCAGGCUGGCUUCAAACUCACAGAGAUCCGCCUGCCUCUGCCUCCCGAGUGCUGGGAUUAAAGGCGUGCACCACCACGGCCCGGCUUGGCAUUUCUUUUAGAGGUCCUGAGUUCAAUUCCCAGCAACCACAUGGUGGCUCACAACCAUCCAUGAGAUCUGCUGCCCUCUUCUGGCAUGUUUGACUACAUACAGUCAGAACACUGUAUACAUAAUAAAUAAAUAAAUAAAAAAAAGAAAAAAACCAAAACCUUAAAUGGUUUCUACAGUGAUUUAGGGCUAUAAAACUCCUUGGCUUAGUUAACUCAUUUCAGACCAGGCCAACAUUUUUUAUUUUUAUUUAUUUUAGCUCUACGUACUUAAAAAGUUGGAAAUCACCAUUGCUGAUUACUUUUUUUUCUGUUAGGAUUUUUUUUUAACAGGGUUUUUCUAUGUAGACCAGGUUGGCCUUGAACUCAGAAAUCUUCCCUGCCUCUGCCUUCCAAGUGCCAGGAUUAAAGGCUUGUACCACUCUGCUGAGCAUAGGGUUUUUUUUGUUUUUUUUUUACAUGACCAUAACUGAUUCCCAGCCAAACAAAAAUACUAAUUUAAGAUCAUUGGAAAUUUGAAUUUCAUAGAAUUGUGUGGUUGUGGUGAUUAUUUGAUGCCUCCUGAACUCUGAUAUAUGGAAUGUUGUGUGUGGAUAUAGCGCUGGGUUCUGGGGAAUGGAAAGCUGUGCAGAGAGCUUUCGAAUGACUGUUUCCCCACAUAAUAAAUCUAUGGAAAUGGAAGUAGAGAAUUUUAUCCUGCUAAGAAUGGGCUAAUGUGUUCCUCAGUACAGUAGAGGGAGUCUGGCAAGUCUGUGUUCCUGGAAAGCUGACUGGAUCCACCUCGGGUGCCAGACACCAAGCAAGUUCUAGAGCACUGGCACGGUGGCAUUCGUUCUGACUCCCCACUUGAACAUUAAGUACCUUUUCUUAUUUGGUUCAACACUAACUGCAUAGAUCAGGAAUUACAGUGGGAUUAAGGUUGGAAUUUGGUCUCUGAUGAAAGCCUCCUGACACUUAAGUGCUCCAGGUCCUUUCUGUUCAAGAUGCUGCCUGUCGACAGAUGCCCAGCACUUUCCUCCUGCACCUUGAUUCUCAGCUAGGAUUGGAAGCUGGGGCUUGCUGUUGAAGAUGACAGCAUUGCUGUAUACUUCAAUAUGCUGUAAAAUGACAUUUUCUAAACUGUCCAAUAAAAUAAAGUUUUACAGUGUUCUCACACUGGAUAGAA